AUGACGGGGAGAAGAGGGAGAGGAAGUUUAGGUCAGGUUCAAACGAGCAGCGUACUAACGAGACCAGCCCAGUCGGAAAGUGACAGCCCAGAAUGGGUCAAGAAACGUGUGAUGGAAAUGAAAAUAAAAGAACAGAAUGAGCGAAUUGAAAAGUUCGAGACAUAUCUUGCAAGAAUUAGAAAGAUUGAAGAACAAGAGUAUGAAGCUCAUGUCAAAAACAAAGAUAAGAAUCACUAUUUAAAGAAACGAAAGCCUGAAAGUAAAAACUCAGUCAAACAAUCAGAUGAUGAUUUUUUAUUAGAUGACUAUGAUAGCGAUACUGAGAGCAGUUUUCCGCCUUACGACAGCGAAAGCGGAAUGUCUAAAGAAGUUCAAAAUCUACUAACAGCUCUGUCUGGACCUAGUACUGAAGACUCAAUAGCCACAGAAUUGGCAGAAUUUAACAAGGUAAAAAUAUAUUUCACUUCUCGAACACACUCGCAACUGAGCCAAUUUGCGUCUCAAUUGCAGCUGCCAAAAUUCAGCCCAUCAAUGGCUGGCUCGAGUGAUCCGAAGAAAUGUUCAGAGAGCGAGUCUACAAAGGUUGUCCCUCUAGGAUCUCGAAAACAACUCUGCGUCAACCCAAAGGUUAACAAAUACAAGAAUUCAGUUGGUUCGCAAAUCAAUGAUGCUUGUAUGGAUUUACAAAAGGAAUCUGGAGGAGGAUGUGCGUGGCUCCGGCGGGAACACAAUCCCGAAGACAGGGUACUUCUUAAUAAAUUUCGUGAUAGAACGUUGGCCAAGAUCCGAGAUAUAGAAGAUCUGGCCGAUUUGGGUAAAGAAUUGGAAGUUUGUCCUUAUUAUGGCUCAAGACAUGUGGUAGCCAAUACGGAAAUCGUAACUUUACCGUAUCAGCUGUUGUUGCAAAAGUCGUCUCGAGAUGCUCUUGGAAUUGACCUGGAAGACUCGAUUGUCGUCAUAGAUGAAGCUCAUAACUUGCUAGAUACAAUAUCGUCACUCAAUUCCAUGGCGGUCUCCGUUACUGAAGUAAGAAUGGCUCAUAAAGGCUUACAAAUUUACUGGAAGAAAUUUGCUAAAAAGCUAAAUUCAAGAAAUAGAGUGUAUUUAUCGCAUACAAUGAAGAUUGUUGGGGCACUGGAGAAGUUCAUGAUCGAAUGCGAAAAAAAACCACCAAAAGAAGUCGCCCUUGGCACUGAAGUCAAUCCCGCCAAGAUCUUUGAUGAGUCUAGCACAGCCGAUCUUAUCAAUACUUACAAGUUAGAAAAGUACUUGAGGCAGUCAAAACUUGCGUUCAAGGUAGAUGGUUAUUUAGAGAAACUACAGGAUGAUCUUGAAGACAAGAACAAAGAAAAGAGCGCUACGAAGAUUACUCAACCAGGAACUGUAUCUACAGUCAAGGUACCGGCUAAACCACUGAAGAGGUUGCCUAAAUUGUUACUUUCAAAAGUGAUAUCGUUUCUUCAAGCGAUUACAAAUAUAUCGUCCGAGGGCAAAGUAUUCUACUCGCGAGUUGCACAAAGCAAAGAAUUCCAGUUACAGUACCUGCUUCUAGAUCCUAGUGAGCAGUUCAAAGAGGUAGUGUCAGCAGCUCGUUGUGUUAUUCUCGCCGGUGGCACAAUGGAGCCAACUCGUGACUACCUUGAUUAUUUAUUCCCAUUAAUUCCUCGCUCUGAAAUAGAACUGUUCAGCUGUGGACAUGUGAUUCCGGACAGAAACUUAAUUGUAUCGACAAUGACUCAACAUGGUAAUGUUGAAUUUAACUUCUCAUUUGCAAACAGGUCAUCUGUACCUAUGAUUGAUGAGCUUGGUUCCGCCAUUCUGAAUCUCACUAAAACCGUCCCUCACGGAAUGAUUGUCUUUUUCCCUAGUUACCAGUACCUGUCAAAUCUAGUUGAAAGAUGGAAAGCUACAAAUCUUUACAGCCAGCUGAAUUCAAGUAAGAAGAUCUUUCUUGAACCAAACGAUUCCCAGUCAAUUGAAUCAAUGUUAGGGGAAUACUCCCAAGCAAUUGAUAAUUCACCUUCAGGAGCACUACUCUUUUCCGUUGUUGGAGGUAAGAUGUCGGAAGGAAUCAACUUCUCAGACGAUCUUGCCCGUAUGGUAGUCAUGAUAGGCUUGCCGUUUCCUAAUGCCUUUUCAGCAGAAAUCAUUGCCAAGCGCGAUUUCAUAGAAAAAACGGCACUCUCAUCUGGCAAGUCGUUACAACAAGCACGAGAUCUAUCUCGCGAAUACUACGAAAACCUCUGCAUGCGAGCUGUCAACCAGUGUAUCGGUCGAGCUAUUCGACAUGCCAACGACUACGCAGCAAUGGUCCUUAUAGACACUCGGUACAACUCUCAGCGCAUUCAAUCCAAGCUACCGACCUGGAUCAGAGCCAGGCUUUCACCCAGCACACAAAAUACUCAGACCAAAGAGUCUACGCUCCGACUGCAUAGUGAGUUAUCGACCUUCUUCAGCUCGCACUCUAAGCAUUAG